AUGGAGGUUGCCUACGUCAGCCCCUCCGGGACUUUGGAGAUCUGCACGGUCGUGCAGGUCGACGUUGACAGGGUGAUGGUCCACUACGCCUCCGGCGUCGCAGAGGACGAGUGGCUGCCGCUGGGUUCUGAGAGUAUCUUCCGCGUGCAGGUGCCGGAGUCCUGGUCCGAGACGCAGGCGUGGUGGUGCUGCACCAACGAGCAGGUCGGCUGUUCAACGUCGACGACCUCCACGUCCAGGACCACGACGACCAGCAGCACCUCGACCGCGACAAGUACUUCGACCACGGGCGACAGGGCCACCGCGACGACGACGGCGGCGUCGGUGUUCGCAACCCCGUCGCCUGGCUCGGAGGAGGUGAGCUUGCCUUUCGACUGCAAGGAAGGGUUCAGCAAUUGGCGCGAGGUGUGGCCCGAGGACAAGAAGGACUGGUGCUGCUCGCACACCGGCCGCGGCUGCCCCUACAGCUGCACAGAGGACUACGCCGACUGGGAGCUUAUGUGGUCCGACGCCCAGAAGGAGUGGUGCUGCUGGAAGGCUGGCCGCGGCUGCCCUCAGAGGGCCUCGGACGCGUACGACUGCGACGCCGGUUACGAUAACUGGCAGGCCGGUUGGUCGGAUGGAAAAAAGGAGUGGUGCUGCCAGCAUGCGCGCUUGGGCUGCGCCACGUCUUCGGAUCCCUACGACUGCGACGCCGGGUAUAACAACUGGCAAGAGGGCUGGUCUGGGAGCAAGAAGGAGUGGUGCUGCGAUAACGAAGGUAAGGCCUGCCUCCCGACCACGACCUCUUUGCCCUUCGACUGCGGGGCUGGCUACACGAACUGGCGCGCGGGCUGGUCCGAUAGCAAGAAGCGCUGGUGCUGCCAAAACGAAGGCAGGGCCUGCCCCACAACCACUACCUCGCCGCCCUACGACUGCGCGGCCGGCUACGCGAACUGGCAGGAAGGCUGGUCUGUCAGCAAGAAGCACUGGUGCUGUGGCAACACAGGUAUCGGCUGCGAUACCACCACCUCUUUGCCCUUCGACUGUGCGGAGGGCUUCUCGAACUGGCGCGCGGGCUGGUCCGAUAGCAAGAAGCACUGGUGCUGCCAGAACGAAGGCAGGGCCUGCCCCACAACCACCACCUCGCCGCCCUACGACUGCGAGGCCGGCUACGCGAACUGGCAGGAGGGCUGGUCUGUCAGCAAGAAGCGCUGGUGCUGCCAGAACGAAGGCAAGGCCUGCCCCACAACCACCACCUCGCCGCCCUACGACUGCGAGGCCGGCUACGCGAAUUGGCAGGAGGGCUGGUCUGUCAGCAAGAAGCAUUGGUGCUGUGGCAACGCAGGCAUGGGCUGCGACACCACCACCUCUUUGCCCUUCGAUUGUGCGGAGGGCUUCUCGAACUGGCGCGCGGGCUGGUCCGAUAGCAAGAAGCGCUGGUGCUGCCAGAACGAAGGCAGGGCCUGCCCCACAACCACCACCUCGCCGCCCUACGACUGCGAGGCCGGCUACGCGAACUGGCAGGAGGGCUGGUCUGUCAGCAAGAAGCGCUGGUGCUGCCAGAACGAAGGCAAGGCCUGCCCCACAACCACCACCUCGCCGCCCUACGACUGCGAGGCCGGCUACGCGAAUUGGCAGGAGGGCUGGUCUGUCAGCAAGAAGCAUUGGUGCUGUGGCAACGCAGGCAUGGGCUGCGACACCACCACGCCUGAGCCGCACGACUGCAAUGCUGGCCUGGACACCUGGUCCGACACGUGGUCCGACCAGAAGAAAGCGUGGUGCUGUCAGGCCAAGCGUGUCAACUGCGGUGCAGCAGUCACGAGCACGGCAGCGCCAGUCACAACGGUCACAGCAACAACACUCACAACGAGCAGCACGAUCACUGUGACGUUGCCUCCGUAUGAUUGCGAUGAUGGAUACGCGAAUUGGCAAACGGAAUGGUCCCCAGCCAAGAAGCGUUGGUGCUGUGACGAAGAAGGCUUAUCUUGUGAGACCAUGACGUCGCUCCCGUACGAGUGCGAACCCAGAGGCCAAGCGUGGCAGGAGCAGUGGUCAAUGGACAAGACAGACUGGUGCUGUCGGCAUCAGGGGAUUGGGUGCGACUCGUCCACCACGACCACCUCGCCGAGCUUCGACUGCGAGGAAGAGGAUUUGAAGUUGCUGUCUCGAUGGUCGGACGAGAAGACUGGUGCUGCAGCCGCGCGGGCCGAGGCUGCGACGGGGCGACCACCGAGGUGCCCGAGGUGUCAGUGA